AAAGAGAGAAAGGAGAGAACAGUCCUAAACUAGCAACAAUACAGCUACAAGGCCAGUAGCAGCCUUGCUAUCUGAGGUCUUGUACGAGCAGCAGAACCAGACCAGCAACCACACACACGGCAACUAGCUGACGUGCCACCUGACGUAACAACUUUUAAAAAAGAGCUCCCUUGAGUCAUUGCGCUCACUAUAAAUUCUCUUGCUCUCAUUGCUCAAACCACAGCAAACAUUUGGGUAAAUCUUCAAUCAUUAAUUAACAGUGCAAUCCGAUUUACGAAAAUGGCCAUUGAUUCCAGUUUGUCAUUGCCUCUCGGUCAUCCGGCAACGGAGAAGGACGCGAAGGCUCUUCAGUUCAUUGAAGAGAUGACAAGGAAAGCCGACGUGGUCCAAGAAACGGUUCUGGGGGAGAUUCUGAGCCAGAACGCCGACACGGAGUAUCUCCAGCGGUUCGGACUUGGUGGUGCCACCGACAGAGACACGUUCAAGUCAAGAGUGCCGGUGGUGACAUACGAGGAUCUUCAGCCGGAGAUCCAACGUGUCGCUAAUGGAGACCGCUCUCCAAUCUUCUCUUCCCACCCUAUCUCGGAAUUCCUCACUAGCUCGGGAACGUCUGCGGGUGAAAGAAAACUCAUGCCAACGAUUCAUGAAGAUUUGGACCGAAGGCAGCUACUGUACAGCCUUCUCAUGCCAGUCAUGAACCUUUAUGUUCCGGGACUUGACAAAGGAAAGGGCCUGUACUUUUUGUUCGUGAAGGCCGAAACAAAAACCCCAGGCGGGCUACUGGCCCGUCCAGUUCUCACUAGUUACUACAAGAGUGAGCACUUCAAGACCCGGCCAUACGAUCCGUACAAUGUCUACACGAGCCCUAACGAGGCAAUUCUCUGCGCUGACUCAUUCCAGAGCAUGUACACCCAAAUGCUCUGCGGCCUCCUCAUGCGGGAGCAAGUCCUCCGCGUGGGUGCGGUCUUCGCCUCGGGCCUCAUCCGCGCCAUCCGCUUCCUCCAACUCAAUUGGAAACAACUGGCGGAAGAUAUCCAAACCGGAUAUCUAAACCCUAAAAUCAACGACCCUUCUCUUCGACAAUGCAUGUCAAAUAUUCUCAAGCCGAACCCAGAACUUUCAGAAUUCAUAACAAAGGAAUGUGAAGAUGAGAAAUGGGAGGGUAUUAUUAUCAGAAUUUGGCCCAACACAAAGUACCUCGACGUGAUCGUCACAGGUGCAAUGGCUCAGUACAUUCCCACUCUCGAUUUUUACAGCGGCGGUGAAUUGCCACUUGCUUGUACUAUGUACGCAUCGUCGGAGUCGUAUUUCGGUCUCAACCUGAAGCCGAUUUCGAAACCCUCAGAGGUUUCCUACACCAUCAUGCCGAACAUGGCGUUCUUCGAGUUCAUUCCCCACGACGCGGCGGCGGCGCCUCUCACACUCGACUCGCCACCGCGGCUAGUCGACCUGGCCGGCGUGGAAGAAGGAAAAGAGUACGAGCUGGUGAUCACUACAUAUUCCGGGUUGAACCGGUACCGAGUCGGCGAUAUCCUCCGGGUCACCGGGUUUUACAACUCGGCCCCGCAAUUCAAGUUCAUUCGGAGGAAGAACGUGUUGCUGAGCAUCGAUUCUGAUAAAACCGACGAAGCAGAGCUCCAAAAAGGCAUUGAAAACGCUUCGAUUCUGCUCCGAGAAUUCAAUACGAGUAUCGUCGACUACACCAGCUACGCCGAUACGAAAACUAUCCCUGGUCACUACGUGAUUUAUUGGGAAUUGAUGGUGAAAGAGCCGUACAAUUCCCCGACCCGGGAAGUCCUGGACCAAUGUUGUUUGGCUAUGGAAGAGUCGAUGAACUCGGUUUAUCGACAGGGUCGGGUCGCGGACAACUCAAUCGGACCCCUCGAAAUCCGGGUAGUGAAAACCGGUACGUUUGAGGAGCUAAUGGACUAUGCGAUUUCGAGAGGAGCCUCUAUCAAUCAGUAUAAGGUUCCGAGGUGUGUUAGCUUCACACCCACCAUGGAACUCUUGGACUCGAGAGUGAUGUCGGCGCAUUUUAGCCCAUCUGCGCCGCAUUGGACACCAGAACGACGACGUUAGGGUUGGAGAUGUGAAGAAGUUUAAGUAUGGGAAUAAUAAUAAUAAUAAGAGAAAAGACCAGAAAGAAAACUCUGUUUAUCUACCAACCAAACAUGCCCCAGGGGAUUAUGUAUGGACAAAACAAUUUAUGUUUGUAGUGUGUUGCCUUUUAUCUCUUUUGUGUGUAGUCUCUUUCUGUUUUGUUUGGUGAUUGUGAUGUAAGCUUUUGCAAAGUGUCUUUCUUUUGAGUUUUGCAGGGUUUUUGUCUUUGUUUGUGUAGGUUUCAAAUAACCUUUGUACGUUUGUUUGGUGUAAUUGUGACUACUAAUGUUGCUUUUGUCUUUGCAUAUCCAUGAUAUUUCUCUUUCGUUUCAAU